CGCUAUGCUCCGCUUGGCCCCGGUGCUCCUGGGUCGCCUGGCCCGCACCCAGCCCUGGGCGCCGGUGCUGCGCCGCGGGGGCACAGCGAGCGGCGAAGAGGAGCUGUUUGUGUUCCCCGAGUACGAGCCGGAGCCGAGUGAGGCAGCGCCCGCAACGGCAGUGGCAACAGCGGCUGCGGCAACGGCAGCAACAGAAGCGGCAGUUCCCCUUCCCCGUCGGGAGCGAAAGCUGGACAGGGAGCGGCGGAAGCGGGGCUCGGGGGUGGUGGAGGCGGGGCGGCCCGAUUCGUCGGUGCCGCUGAGCGGCCUGAGCUGCUCAGGCUGCGGGGCAGAGCUGCACUGCCGCGACAGCGCGGCGCCGGGCUUCAUGCCGGCGGAGAAGUUCCGGAGCCUGUCGGAGGGCCCGGACGGCGCGGCAGGGUUGCGCGGAGCCGUGUGCCAGCGGUGCUGGAUGCUGGCCCACUACGGCCGGGCCUUGCGGCUGGAGCUGCCGGCCGAGCAGCACCGGCUGGUGGUAAGCGCUGCCCUGCGCCGCCCCCUUCGCCACGGCCGCGGCCCGCUCCUCCUCUAUCUUCUCGACGUGCUGGAGCUGCCCGACCCGGUGCUGUCCCAGCUGCCGGCGCUGCUGGGCCCCGACGUCCCUGCCGCCGGGCUGCUGGUGGUGGGUAACAAGGUAGAUCUGCUGCCCGCCGACUCCCCCGGGCACCUGGGGCGGCUGCGGCAGCGGGUGGCGGAGGCCUGCGCCCAGGCCGGCCUGCGGGGAGCCCCACUGGUGGACAUCCGCCUGGUGAGCGCCAAGACGGGCUUUGGCAUGGAGGGGCUGAUCAGCCGGCUGCAGCGCUCCUGGAAGUGCGCCGGCGAUGUGUACCUGCUGGGCGCCACCAACUCCGGCAAGUCGACGCUCUUCAACACCCUGUUGCGCUCCGACUACUGCAAGUCUCGUGCUCCCGAUAUCAUCGACAGGGCCACCGUUUCCUCCUGGCCAGGAACAACGCUGAAUCUGUUGAAAUUUCCAAUUAUUAAUCCUACGUGUGACAGGAUAUUCCGAAGGCAGGAGAGGCUGAAAGAGGAGGCAGCAAAAACAGAAGAUCAGCUAAGCAGUGAAGAAAAGAAGCUCCUAAAUAACCUUAAAAAGCAAGGUUACUUAGUGGGAAGAGUUGGAAGAACGUUUGAACGGCAGAAGUCUAGUGUGAUUGACUUUGACCCUGACAUGCUCUCCUACAGCAUAGAUGAAGAUCCCAAACCUGCUUCUAAGAAGCGUGAGCAAAGGGAGGAGUUCACAUACAAUGAAGUGAAGGAUGCUCGCUGGUGUUACGACACUCCAGGGAUUGUAAAGGAAAAUUGUGUUUUAAAUCUCCUGACAGAUAAAGAAGUAAAGCUGGUUUUGCCCACAAGCGCCAUUGUUCCGCGGACCUUCAUUCUCAAGCCAGGAAUGGCCUUGUUUUUAGCAGCCUUGGGACGUAUAGACUACUUAGAGGGAGAAAAGUCUGCCUGGUUUUCUGUCGUGGCUUCUAACCUGUUGCCAGUCCACGUUACUUCCCUGAGUAAUGCAGAUGCCAUCUACAAGAAGCAUGCUGGCCACGAGUUACUAAAGGUUCCUAUGGGUGGGGAAGAGCGAAUGAAAGAGUUCCCUCCCCUUAUCCCCGAGGACAUUACACUGAAAGGAAUUGGUACGACUGAGGCAGUCGCAGAUAUCAAACUUUCUUCUGCAGGUUGGGUUGCAGUGACAGCUCACCCGGAAGAGAAACUGUUGCUCCGAGCCUAUACUCCCCAGGGUACCACGUUGGUGGUGCGGGAGCCUCCCCUUCUGCCAUACAUCAGCACCAUCAGAGGGUCACGGAUCCCACGCACUGCUGCUUAUAGGACCAAAAAACCUCCCUCCCUGGUGGAAAACCUGAAAACCACAGGGAGAAGAUAGCAUUGCUCAUCAUCUGAGCAAGGUAGAAGACAGAACAUCCUCUGGAGAACCUUGUUGCUUGUUGAUAUUCAGGACUCCUUUUUAAAGGCAGAUAGGCAUGGUUUUGGAAGCAGGCCUGGAGGGAUCUCCACAAGUCCACACUUGAUUCAUCUGCUGAACUGCAGCCAUUUUGCAUCAGUUAAGUGGCUGGUACCUUGCUGUGAGAGGUGAAACAGCUGCUCCUUGGGAACUGCCUUUCCGAAGUGGAAAGGGGUGGAGAGAGUGGGGAGGAGCAGGGAAUGCUGUAGUGUGGGUAUGACCCGCCUAGUGGCUGAUAGUAAUUUGACAACAUCAACCAAAAAUCAGGUCCUUCCACAUCUGGGGCAAGUGCAGCACCCUGCUUUUGGACACUGGAAAGAUGAAUUAAUUAAAAGCAGGUCUGAUCAUAUGCCUGAAGAGGAAACUUUUGCAACUCACUGCUUCACUUGGUUUCUGUAGCUUGUGUAAAGGUUUCUGAAACUGAGGGUGUAGAAUAAAACUUUUCAAGGACACUU